CCUUGCUAAUCUAGGAACGCUUAAUCACGAAUUGUUUAAUUAAGGUAGCUGUUUAAUUUCCUCAGGAGAUAUCUUGGGAGCACCACAUCAGCAUCGUUCUCGAGAUUUGCGAAUCAUUUGCCGUUUGCAAGGAGACCAUCCAGCUGAUGAUACGGAAAAUGAAGAGCUUGUUCUCAGAGAAUGAUAAGCCGCCCGAGACUCUUGAAAAUGCGUCCGCAGCUGAGGAUGUUCAAAACCAGUUAUAUUGGAUUUUCCACGGUUUGGAGAUAUGCCUGAGGAAAUACGAGGUUCUGUCUUCUGAUCAGAGAGAAGUCGUGGGAGAUAACGAACCGCAAUUUGUGACGGAUUCGUGGAAACGACUGUGGAAAAAUGGCAAGAAGUGUGGCCAACGCAAGAAUCUCGAAGAAGAGUGGAUUUCGGUUCUGGAGGAGAUCAUGAUGGCGAACUUGGACAAUUGUACGUUGAUCAGUACACAAGCAUGGCAGUGCCUUAACAUUUUAAGAGAAAUUCAAGACAGGAAAAAAACAGUUACAGAAGGAAUUAAUUAUACAUGAAAUAAACGCGCUGAGACAAGUAACGUCGGCUUCGA